CCCUUGCAAAAAUAAGUACGGCCCCACACUGCACCAACCUAGCAACAACAACAUCAAAACAUCGACAACACAACAAAUCAUGUCGUCUGCAAACAACCCCAACCACAGUCAAUAUGACGAUGGUAGCAGCAGCAGCAACAACAACAAUAGCACCAGCGCCACCGCUCAAAUCGACGAAGAUGAAAUCUCCGACCUCCUCACAACCCUCGACCUCUCCCCCACCGACACAUCCCUAGAAGAUCUAGCAGACAUAAUAAUCUUCUACCUCAACCAGCUCAACGCCACUGCCCCUACAACAUCCACCUCAAACUACUCCCCAGAAUCAAUCACAGCUGCCCUUUCAAAUCUACAGCUCCAACCUCCCCCUACUCCUACACAACACACACCCCCUGCUUAUCAGAUCCUUCACCCACCGCCGCAGACGCCACUGGAGACAGUCACACCCACUGGUAUUGAGAUCGCGGAGGUGAAUUUCCCGGUUGCUGGGUGUCCGGCUUGUGAGGGGCUGUGGAAUGAGAUUUUAGAGUCGGUUAGUGAGGAGGGCGGGCUUAGGGGUCGAGAGUGGUGGGAGUGUGUGACGGAGGAGAUUGGGGUUAACGUUGAGGGGCAUAUGCUGGAUCAUUACAUUCAGAUGGAUGGAAGGGGCGGAGGAUAGUCUUGGCUUUCUAAGGAGGAGGAUGAGCUGAUGGAAAUGUAAGUAACGGGUGAAGAGGAGAUGAUUUGAUAGCAUGGAUGAUGGAGGAGGAAAUAUUGGGGAUACUGGGUGGCUAUGACGACCAGCAUGGCGUCUCGGUGGAUUUUUGGGUUUGGCUACUUCUAGGCUUAUGUGGUAGCCUAAUUUCUGGCUUUGACAAUGGGAGGUCUUCUGUUUCUCGUAUUAUCAUUCUAGUAGGACUCAGUGAUGCGGCUCGGGCACUCAACGUAUGAUCGUCCCUGGAGCGCGUCGAUUAAAUCAGAAAGGGAGAUGAUAGCUACCACCUAAUCAAAUAGUGGAAAAUCUCGAAUUUCAAGACUGCCGUCCAAAUUCUUCCGAUAUACCAAAUCAGCAUGUCCAUCUGUCGAAACCAAUUAUCAAAGUUACGCGCUGCAUUGUGCGACCCCGGGAUAUCAACACAGCUACUCCCGUCAAUCCACACAACGCAAAUAAUCCCACACAUUGAUAUCGCUUGGAAAGUUGAACAGGACGAUCUGACAAUGCCCUUGACUUCGCCGCAUCCUCAAACCGACAGAUAAAGCUCCCGAGUCAUCUCCCCGCCUCAUUCCUAGUCACUCCACACAUACACCUUUUACUUUACAACCCCAAACUCCUUUUCUACAACUUCAAACCUCAUUCUUGAAACCCCCAAACAAGACACCACCACAACAAAAAACAACUUUCAGCCGGCUAAUCGUAAACUACCAAACCCAAAACAAAAAAUGUCUUCCACUCCUCCACCCGCACCCGAAUUAACCCUAGAAGCCCUAACAUCCCUCUUCCGCACACCCAACAUCCCGUUCGAGAACCUCUCUUUCUCAGAGCUCCUCGAUAUAUUGCUAGAGUUGCUUCGUAUCCCUCCAACAGCUACAUCGACUCACGAACCC